AUGUCCUUCACGUCCGUCCUUCGCCAGCAGACACGCACCCUCCGGACAACAAAAGCACUGCGUCUUGUCGGUGCCGUUAGAUAUGCCUCGUCGAAACCCGACGCCGUCCUUCCACCAGUGCACGAAUGGCGAGAACUCUUCAAGACUGCACCCCUCAUCGUACGCGACCGAAUCAGCUUAGCGAACGUUGGCACGGCGCGAACGCUCGCCGAGGCCUUCUUGUCAGGAAAGAGUAAAGCUGCCGGUAGAGGAAAGACUGUCAUCGAGGCCUUCCCAGGCCCUGGCGCGCUUUCAAGGGGACUUUUGCAGCUCGACCAAGGCAUCAUCGAGAAGCUCAUCAUCCUCGAAGACUACGAGCCAUACCUUGAGUGGCUUUAUCCUCUCGCGGAAGCAGAUCCCAGAGUCAGUGUCGUGCCCCGAUCUGGCUUCAGUUGGGACACUUAUCAGUACCUUGAAGAGCAAGGGCUCAUGGAUCACAUAGAAAAGAUCCCUUUUGAGACCGGCGUACACCCGCAACUCCACUUCAUCUCGCACAUACCACAAAACAUCAAGGGUGAACAGCUGGUCGCCCAGCUCUUCCGCAACAUCCCAGAAAAGUCAUGGCUCUUCAAGUACGGGCGCGUGCCGAUGAGCUUCAUUUUGGGCGAAUGGAUAUUAGAGCGCGUCUCUGCCGGCCGCAAGACCCUGCCGCGCUGCAAAGUGAGUGUCAUCGCCGAAGCAACCGCGGACCUACAGACCGCCGUGCGUUCCGCAACGCUGCAGCCGUACGACAACCACUUCCACCCGGUGCGCUCGCCCGACUCGCAGUCCAAGAAGCCCGACUCGCGGCGCAUCGGGCACCCGCUGGCGGCCGUCAACGUCGUGCCACACGCGGAGCAGGUCAUCGCGCAGGGCCUGCUCGAGAAGUGGGACUACAUUCUCCGCCGGCUGUUCGUGCUCAAGAGCACGCCGCUCAAAAAGGCGAUUGGCAGCCUCGCGCUUGGUGCCGAGUCGCUCCUCAAGCCGCUCACGGACCCGAGCCUCCCGCCCGAGCAGCGCGUCGACGUCAACGAGCCAAUCCGGAACCUCACCAUCAACGAUUGGACGCUCAUCGCUCGUGCGUUCGACAAUUGGCCGUUUGCACCCGAGGUUCGUCCCAGCUCUCGCAUACGCUGUACAUCGUUGACCAACUCUCUGCAGAGCCUGGUGAUCACAGAUGGGAUCAGCGGGGACUUCGACCGCCGCGGGAGAUAG